AGCGCAUGCGCCGUGUCGUGCGCAUGCGUGUUUAAGCUUAGUGCGUCAACCUUUCACGACGUCAACUAUUUUCGUUACCCCGGGUGGGACAUCUGAAUGAUUCAAAGCAGCGUGAGGUCUUUCUUCCGUUCUCCUGUUGAGUGUCCGACGUUUUCAGUUUUCAUAGUUGACUAUGGCGGAGGCAGACAGACCUGGAAAGCUUUUCAUAGGUGGCUUGAACACUGAAACUACAGAGAAAGCUCUUGAAAGCUAUUUCAGCAAAUUCGGCCGGAUAUCUGAAGUUCUGUUGAUGAAGGAUCGUGAGACCAAUAAGUCCAGAGGGUUUGCUUUUGUGACUUAUGAGAAUCCUGGUGAUGCAAAAGAUGCUGUGAGGGAAAUGAAUGGAAAGGCCCUGGAUGGUAAACCCAUCAAAGUAGAGCAGGCCACAAAGCCUCAGUUUGAGUCGUCUGGCCGCCGAGGCCCUUCAUCAAUGCAUCCACGCAGUCGUGGUUCUCCUCGAGGGCCACGUGGGUCUAGAGGGGGUCCCAGUGGAAUGCGGGGACCACCGAGCAGAGAACCUUUCUUUAAAGGGAUGUCGUCCAGAGGUCCCCCACCAAAAAGAGGACCACCAAUGCGCAACGGAGGACCACCACCAAAGAGACCAGCACCUUCUGGGCCAAUGGGCAGACCCCCAAUGUCUAGGGAUCGGGAUCCUUAUGGUCCCCCUCCUCCUCGCCGAGAUUCUCUUAUGUCAAGGAGGGAUGACUACCCAUCACCACGUGAUGAUCACUACAGUGUCAAAGACAGUUAUUCUAGCCGGGACUACAUGAGCUCAAGAGACAGCCGGGACUAUGGGCCUCCCCCACGUGAUUAUUCAUACCGUGACUAUCCGUCACAGUCCAGUUCCAGAGAUGAUUAUGGUUCAGUGUCUCGAAGCUACAGUGAUCGUGACGGUUAUGGGGGAGGUCGUGAGCCUAGAGGCUAUAUGGAGCGAACAAGUGGAGGCUCCUACAGAGAACCUUAUGAUGGUUACGGUAACUCACGCAGUGCCCCACCUUCAAGGGGCCCCCCUCCAUCCUACGGUGGGAGUGGUGGAGGCAGUCGCUAUGACGACUAUGGCAGCAGUUCCAGGGAUGGCUAUGGCAGUCGCGACAGUUACGCCAGCGGUCGGAGUGAGUCAUACUCUGCUAGCCGCGCCGAGCGCCCGGCCAGGCAAGACCUCGAGAGAGGCUACCCUCCUCGCCAAUACAGCAGCUCAAGUCGAGGCGCACCUCGGGGGCGUGGAGCUAAUCGAGCAGAUAGAGGAAUGAACCGAAGUCGGUACUGAAAUGGACUCUGUGCUGGAAAAGGGUUAGGUCACACUGUCAGACAACGGAGAGGCAAAAUUUUUAACUUCUAGAUGAACUUUAAGCUUCGGUUUCAAUCUGUACGCAACCUUGUCAAGUUUUUUCCUGAGUGUUACAGUUUGUUUCUUUCCCCCUGCCCAUCUCUCGUUUAAUAGUACUGUUGCCAAUUUAAGUGAUGAGUGUUUAGUUUUGUGCCGUAGUGAUGUUAAAAAACCUGCAAUGCCCAAGAGUAUUGUUUUUCAUUUAUCAAUAAAAAUUUUUAUCAAAAGAUUCAUGCCCCACUCCUGUUCAAAGAGGACCCACGUAAAUGGUGAAAACUGUCAGCUCCCAGCCUCAGUCAUUCACGGUGAGGGAAAGCUUAAAAUUGAUCCAUUUUAGAUUGUGUGGAGAAUCUUGUUGACUAUGUCCAGUCUGUUGAGAACGAGACCAAUGUCUUUGCCAAACUCUUUAUCAGUAUAGUUUUCCUCAGUGCAAAUGGAUUCCUCAUCACAAAGCCUAAACAUUGACGGCUUGCAACGACCAAUCCAAAGACAACCAAUAUGCAGGAAACAAUCCAACACCAGAUUAAACCUGACAUCAGCUGGUAAGCAAAGCAAACCCUUUUGUCUCUGGUCUAAGUGAACUUGGUAUGAGUGGUAUCUCAACAUCAGGUUAGUUAACACACCAUCUUUACCUCUUCUGGCCUUACAGAUGAUAACCUGCAAUCUAACACCGUUCAGUUAUUUCAUGCUUGAUCAACAUGACUUAAACAAAACAAAACAAAAAAAAAAACCUCUUCAACCAAAGGAGUCUUUUGUAAAAAAUCAGUGGAUCAUUUGAAUUUAAA